AUGGUCGAAUACGGUGUUAUUGUUACCAAUAAAUUUGGCACACUUAACGAUGACGAAAAUGAAGAUCCAGAAGUAAUUUUGAAAAAAGCUGAGGCGGCAAGCAAAAAAGAAGAGAAAACAGCUAGUCAAAAGAAAGCAGAUCGGCAUGCAGCAGCUAGGAAGAAGAAAGAGACUGCUGCACUGAAGGCAGCAGUUUCUGAAUUGGAAAAGAAAAAAGCCACAUUGAUUAAAGCACCAAUAAGUGACGUUUUUGCUGAGCGCUUUGGCGAAUUUAGAGGCCGACCUCGUAUUCGUGGUUUUAGAGGAGGCAAUCGAGGAGGGUUUCGUCGUGGUGGUUUUCGAACUGGGAACGAUGAACAACUUAUAGAUCCUAAUGUCACCGUUAAUGGAAUUCAAAAUGGUGAAAAUGCUAUUGAAGCCAUUGAUCGAGGAUCCAUCCGUACUGCAUCUUAUGGUGGAGGAUUCGGUGGUAGAGCGAAUUUCCGGCGUCGUUUUCUUCGGGGUGGCCGACAAAGUGAUCGAACGAAUGAUGAAAUUAGAACUACUGGUUUGUCUUUCGAAAAACGCGAUAGCCUUAAUAAGGCAAAUGAAGGUGCAGGACGUGAAGAAACCAUUGAGGACAUUGAAAAUAAUACCCCCGAAGAUGAGAAAAUGAGAAAAGAGAAUAUUGUUUUAAACGAAAAGAAUGAAGAAGAACAGCGCACAGAAAUGGAAAAUGAUGUUACAGUGAAACAACUCACUCUUGAUGAAUUCAAAGCACAAACUGCUGCAAAACGAUCUGAACCACAAUUUAAUAUACGCAAAGCAGGAGAAGGUGCUAACGAAAAGGAAUUUGGGAAACUUAUCCCACUUCCAAAGCGUGAAAUUGUGGAAGAACCUGUUGAUGAAAUUGUUGUUGUCCGUCGCGAACCACGCACAAAGCGAUUGGACAUUGAGAUCAAUUUUACUGAUGAGCAAAGAGGUCGAGGAGGCGGACGUGUUCGAGAUGGCUUUAGAGGAGGACGUAGUCAUCGUAGUGGACGAGGCGAUGGACGAGGAUUCCGGCAAAAUCUAAAUUUCGAAGUAUCAGCCGAUGCUUUUCCAGCUCUGGGAAGUUACUGA